AUGAGUUUCGCGCUGUCUCGCUGUAUCGACGACCCGGAAACCACACCACCGGCGAUCCUGGAUGACCAGUCUGUGUGUGGGGCGGGGGAGCGGCUGGCGCUGUCCCUGGCCCGAGAGAACAUCAACAGCGCCAUGGAGGGUCCGGCCCGCGCCCGGGUGGAGGUGGACAUAUACGAACUGCAAAAAACUCCCAUGUGUCAGAUUCUACCCAAAGGCGUCGUCUCUGUGAUAGGUCCCGCCUCCAGCCCCGCCUCCGGCUCUACUGUCAGUCAUAUAUGUGGAGAGAAGGAGAUCCCUCAUGUAAAGAUCGGUCCGGAGGAAACUCCCCGCUUGCCGUACCUGCGAUUCGCCUCUGUCACGCUGUACCCUAGCAACGAGGACCUGAGUCUGGCCAUAGGAUCCAUCUUACGCUCGUUCAGUUACCCAUCAGCCAGCCUGGUGUGUGCCAAGGCUGAGUGCCUGCUGAGAUUGGAGGAACUGGUCCGCCGCUUCCUCAUCUCCCGGGAGACGCUGUCAAUCAGGAUGCUGGAUGACAACCUGGACCCUACGCCGCUGCUGAAGGAGAUCCGUGACGACAAAGUGGCCACCAUCAUCAUUGAUGCAAACGCUUCCGUCUCCUAUCUCAUCCUCAAGAAGGCGUCAGAGGGGAUGACGACUGCAUUUUACAAGUACAUCCUCACCACAAUGGACUUCCCGCUCCUGAGACUGGAUGACAUAGUGGAUGAGCAGUCCAACAUCGUGGGUUUCUCCAUGUUUAACACCACCCAUCCCUUCUACUUGGAGUUCAUCCGGAGCUUGAAUCUCUCGUGGAGGGAGGGAUGUGACCUGACGUACCCCGGGCCGGCGCUCUCGUCAGCGCUGAUGUUUGAUGCGGUGCAUGUGGUGGUGGGGGCCGUGAGGGAAUUGAACCGCAGUCAGGAAAUCGGAGUGAAGCCGCUCAGCUGCUCCUCGCCUCAGAUCUGGCAACACGGGACCAGUCUGAUGAACUACCUGCGCAUGUCGUCUGUGCACUCGUCUCAUUGACUACCUG